UAAUAAUCUGUGGCAGCUCCCUGAAAUUUGAAAAUUUCUAUCAAUUACCUAGUUGUUUGAUGUUGAUUAUUACUAAUUUGAAUUUAUAUAUAAAAUAAUUAGAAUGGCUUCUGGACUCGAAAAUUACGUGAAUCAAACAGUGUCGGUAAUAACUUCGGAUGGACGUAAUUUUAUUGGCACCCUUAAGGGCUUUGACCAAACAAUAAAUAUUAUUUUAGACGAAUCUCACGAAAGAGUGUUUUCCUCCACAAGUGGCGUCGCUCAAGUAGUACUUGGACUUCACAUAAUCAGAGGAGACAAUGUGGCAAUAGUCGGGCAAAUAGACGAGUCAAUUGAUAGCAGAUUAGACCUCGGAAACAUCAAGGCAGAACCACUUGGACCAAUGGUACAUUAGAACUAGUUAAUAAAUGUUUUGUUAUCAA